GAGAUGUCAGUCAAGAGCUGCAAUAGAGCCACGGUCACUACUGUGCUCAUUUUCUUCCUAAAGAUACAACUCUCGGUACCAGCGUCACUGAAUGGGUCAAAAUGGUCCUAUAUUGGUCCUGAUGGAGAGAACACCUGGCCGAAGAAAUAUCCAUUUUGUGGAGGAGUAUUUCAAUCACCAAUAGAUUUUCACAAAGAUAUUCUCCAGUAUGAUUCUAAUCUCUCACCUUUAGAAUUCAUAGGCUAUAAUGUGUCUUCCACUGACCAGUUCACACUGACUAAUAAUGGGCACUCAGUGAAAAUGCAUCUGUCACCUACCAUGCACAUCAGAAACCUCCCUUUUGAAUACACUGCAUCUCAACUUCACCUGCACUGGGGAAACAGAAACAAGUCGGAAGGCUCAGAGCACACAGUCAGCGGGAAGCACUUUGCAGCAGAGAUGCAUAUUGUACAUUAUAACUCUGAGAAAUAUCCAGAUAUAACAGCAGCAAUGGACAAAGCAAACGGACUGGCAGUUUUGGCUAUUCUUCUUGAGAUUGGACCCUUCAACCCAUCAUAUGAAAAGAUCUUCAGGCACUUCCGGAAUGUGAAAUACAAGGAUCAGAUGGUCCAUGUCCCUGGUUUCAACGUUCAGGAAUUGCUUCCUGACAGACCAGCUGAGUAUUAUCGCUAUGAAGGAUCCCUGACAACUCCUCCUUGCUACCCCAGCGUUCUCUGGACAGUCUUCCGGCACCCCGUUAAAAUUUCACAAGAGCAGCUGCUGGCACUGGAAACAGCCAUGUACUGCACAGAGAGUGAUGACCCAGAACCCCUGGAAAUGGUCAAUAACUUCCGAAACGUUCAGGAGUUUCGUGAAAGACUUGUUUUUAUCUCCUUCCGUGAAGGUGUUCUUGUUUCUGUUGUGAUAGCCUGCAUUAUGGGAGUUCUCAUCUUCCUUCUAGUAGCUUGUUGCCUAUGCAGGAGGAAAAGCUGCAAAAAAGAAGAGAACCGAGAGGUCACCUACACACAAGGCAGGCACCAGAAGGAAGAAGCCAUUUCCAAACUAUGAUGCUGUGCUCCGUCUCGGAUGCCCCGCUUCGUUCAUAGCACUGACUGAUUCUGCACUAGUGGAACAUGACGUGCUCUCUUGGAGUGGAUUCCCUUGCUCUUGGCUAACGAUAAGCUCAGAGUGUUCUACAAAUGUACCAGCCCAAACUUCUACUGGAGCCUUUGUUCUCCUUUUCCAGGGAGAUCUGAUCAGUGAACAUGGCUGAGGGCUAAAUUCCUUCCCACACUUACUUCAUGCUGGCUGCUUACUGAGUCUGGGUCUUUUAACUGAUUCUAUAGUUAAUUCUAAACUCCAGUUUUAUGGUUUGUUUAGCAAAGACUUUCCCACAAGUAUUCAAACUUGAAGACACUGAGCAAGGUAUGUGACUCUUUACUGCUAGAUCAGUGUUUUGGUCUUUGGGCAAUUUAGGAAAAGCACAUGAACACAAACAAGAUAUUUAAAAGGGCAUUUAUAUCCUUUAUAUCCUUUAUAUCCUUGAUAUCCUGCUCUUAUUUGUAGCAUGUAUAAGAAUGAUGUGAGAGAUCCUGCCAUUGCUGCUGCUUUUUAGCAUGCUACUUCCUAUUUAAUCAUGAAAUCUUGACUGAUUUUAGA